GUUGAAGUUGAAGUGGACAACAACAACCUUACUUACGUAUGUUUUUUAUAAUUAAUGGUUAGGUACAAUACAAUAUUCAACCAUAAAUCACUAGCGAAUCCAUUCACGGUAAAAUACAACUUUAAUUUUUUUUUCCGCGGACAUGUAUUUAUUAUUUUCAAAUAUUAAAAUCGUUUGAUCGUAGUGGAAUAAACUUGUUAUCAACAUCGCGCCGGUCGUAUACGUACGAUAACACGUGGUGAUCACAGAUGCUAGGUAUCGAAACUUAUAAAAGGCCUUAAAUAAUCAGGAUAAGACGCGCGAUCCCCACUAUCCCACUGGCUGUCGAGCUGCCGGACAAAAAUCAUAAUAAAUUUCAAAAAUGGCUCAAGCGCAACCCAAAGAAGUUGGCGGUUACAGGUUGGGGAAGCUGUUAAUCGAGGGUAAAACAAAGCAAGUAUUCGAUUUACCGGACGCCCCCGAUCACUGUCUGCUGCUGAACAAGGACAGGAUCACCGCUGGAGAUGGCGUGAAGGCUCACGAUCUGGAAGGCAAAGCCGCCAUCUCAAACCAGACUAAUGCCAAAGUCUUUGAGAUUUUGAAGUCUACAGGCUUGAAAACUGCAUACGUCAAAAUAGCUUCCCCUACUGCUUUCGUUUCCAAGAAAUGCGAAAUGAUUCCUAUCGAAUGGGUGACCCGGAGAUUGGCAACAGGGUCAUUCCUAAAGAGGAACCCGGGUGUUCCCGAGGGAUUCAGGUUCACCCCGCCCAAACAGGAGACCUUCUACAAGGAUGAUGCGAACCACGACCCCCAGUGGUCCGAGGAGCAAAUUAUAUGUGCCAACUUCAAGGUCAACGGACUUGUUAUAGGACGCAAUGAGGUAGAUUACAUGCGUAAGGCCACGAUUCUAGUAUUUGAAAUUUUGGAGAAAGCUUGGGCGCUUCGCGAUUGUGCUCUCAUCGACAUGAAGAUCGAAUUCGGAGUUGAUUCUGAUGGAAACAUUCUUGUGGCCGACGUGAUCGAUUCUGACUCAUGGAGAUUGUGGCCCUCGGGUGACAAGCGGUUGAUGGUUGAUAAGCAGGUGUACAGGAAUCUGUCGACGGUGACGGCGGCGGACCUCGACAACGUAAAGCGCAACUUCGACUGGGUAAAGGAUCAGCUCGACCAUCUCAAGCCGAAUGUGCACCACAAAGUUGUGAUCUUCAUGGGCUCCGCAGCCGAUCUGGACCAUUGCCAGAAGAUAGCGAAAGUCGGUCGCGAGUUGGGUCUGGACGUGGACCUGCGCGUGACGUCAGCACACAAGGCGACGUCGGAGACGCUGCGAGUGCUGCAGCAGUACGAGGACACGCACGGAGCGCUGGUGUUCGUGGCCGUGGCCGGCCGCUCCAACGGCCUAGGCCCGGUACUUUCUGGCAACACUUCUUACCCCGUCAUAAAUUGCCCGCCGCCUAGUGAUAAACUCGUCCAGGACAUCUGGUCGUCACUAUCCGUGCCGUCCGGCCUCGGCUGCGCCACGGUGGUGUACCCGGACAGCGCGGCUCUCAUGGCCGCCCAAAUCAUCGGCCUCCAGGACUACACUAUCUGGGCUCGGCUCAGAGUCAAACAACUCGAAAUGGCCACAGCACUACGCCAGGCCGAUAAGAAACUCAAUCAGACAUCAUAGUCACGUAUAAUUAGUAAUCGCUGUCACAUAGCGUGACCGAUUUAUCGAUAGUUGAACAAUCGAUAGUCUCGAUACUAUCAAAAGCUAUUUUGGAGCAGUGUUGCUCCAAAAUAGCUUUUGGUAAAAAACUAUCGAUAAUCUAUACUCGAUACUAUCGAUAGUUUGAACUGACAAGUAAUAGUGACAAGUAUUUAUUGCUUAUCACGGUUCGAUACUAUCGAUCCUUAUCAAUAGUAUUGCACCAAAACCGGCUACCGAUACUAUCGAUAGUAUGCAAAACUGUCGAUAGCUAUCGAUAGUAUUGCUUUUUCUCAAACUAUCGAUAGUCUAUUGAAACACUAUCGAUAGUUGACUAUCGAGCGACCACAGUACUGUCUUAUUCACAAAAAAAUUGUUAUGAACAGAACAAGAAUAUUAGAGGUGUGUUGACGGUUUGCCCUGGUAUUCUUAAUUUUUAAGUUUUUAUAUUGUUUUUCUUUUAUGUUUGUAUUGUUUAGAACAGUAUUUUUAAGUUUGAUAAUCCACUUGGAUCGAGAUCUAAACAUUCCGAAUCAAAAGAAUGCCUAUAUUCUUGUAAGAUCUGUCAUUUAUAAUUAUACAAUAAACGUUAUAUAUUUUUAA